AUGAUGUGCCGUAUACUGACCACUAGAAGUCCAUUGAAGCCUGCCGAGCUGCAGGUACUCCGAGCGCAGUACGACAAAGAAGGCGACUACGUUGGUGUGCAAACAAAAUUCAAUUAUGCUUGGGGUCUGAUCAAAUCACAAAAAAGAGAAGAGCAACAGCUUGGGGUGCAGCUCCUUUCAGACAUCUUCAAGACGACCCCCGAACGGAGACGAGAAUGCCUCUAUUAUCUCGCCUUGGGAAACUACAAGCUGGGCAACUACGCAGAAGCACGACGCUAUAACGACCUGCUCAUGGAGAAAGAGCCUGGAAACCUGCAAGCAGGUAGUCUGCGCCAACUGAUCGACGAUAAGGUGUCUAAGGAAGGGCUAAUGGGCAUGGCUAUAGUGGGCGGUGCAGCUGUAGUGGCCGGCAUCGUUGGUGGCAUGCUCAUGAGGGGAAGCCGCAAGAGAUGA